CACGCGUCCAAACAUACAGCUAGAUAGCCUCUGCAUGCCUACGUACAGCAUGGCCAAGGCCGAGCUGCUCCUCGCCCUCGUGGCUUCGCUCGUCGUGCUGCCAUUCUCCUCCCUCGCCGUGUACCAGGACUUCUGCAUCGCCGACCUAUCCGCCGCCGCCACGCCGGGCGGCUACCCGUGCAAGCCCCCGAAGGACGUGACCGCCGACGACUUCCACUAUGGCGGCCUCGCCACCCCCGGCACGGCGCUGAAACCCUUCAAGAUCUCCCUGGGCUCGGCCGUCGUCACCACGUUCCCCGGCCUGAACGGGCUGGGCAUCUCUGCCGCGCGGAUGGUGAUGGUCCCGGGCGGCGUCGCGCCGCUGCACUCCCACCCGGGAGGCACCGAGCUCAUCUUCGUCAUCGAGGGCAGCGUCGUCUGCGGCUUCAUCAGCGCCACGCUCAACAGGGUGUACACCAAGACGCUGUACGCCGGCGACCUGAUGGUGCUCCCGCAGGGCCAGCUCCACUUCCAGUACAGCCACGGCAACACCACGGCGGUGACGCUGUCCUCGUUCAGCAGCGACAACCCCGGCCUGCAGAUCCUCGACUUCGCGCUCUUCGCCAACGACCUGCCCACGGAGGUCGUGAACAAGGUGACCAACCUGGACGAACUGCAGAUCGUCAAGCUCAAGGCGCUGUUCGGAGGGAGGGGCUAGACGCAUAUGUACUCCGUAUAUAGGAACAGUCAACGGUGUUGAUCAUUGAAUUGUGUGUAUUAUUCUAUACUUGUGAUGGAUGUUUGUCUUGUCAUUCUAUAAAAUAAAUUGUAACGCGCGCAGCAGGCGUGAGAGCGAAUGUAGCUGCCACAUUUGAUGUACUAAUAUUUACAUCUCCAUUGUUGAUAAUAAUACAUUAUUGGCCCU